UGUAUUAUAAUAUGAUAACCCUCACCCUCAAGAUGAUAAAAAUCGAAACAAAUAAUUGUUAUUGUGCAGUUCUGGGAAAAAUAUUAAUGCAAUAGUGUUUUCUUCAUUAGCAAUCGGCAGAAUAUUAGAACCGUUAAAUAGGUUAACUUAUGAGGAUAAAGAUUGAAAUAUUAUAGAGAUAUGGGGACAUCACCGAGUCGUUACGACGAUUUGUCCAGGAAUGUCUGUUUGGAGCGUUUUUGUGGUAAAGAGUGUAUAGCCCCUGAUGAUCCCUUUUGGAAUCGUUUCCUCUCAUUCAACAUGCGCCCACCAGUGACUAGGAAUGAACAAAUAGAAUUGGAUUCACGACUGGAUGCCAUGUGUCAAAGAUUGCUGACAAAUAAUUUAUCAACAGGCAAUUUUGGUUCUCUUAUUCAAGUAACAUUGACGAGGACGAGUGAACUAUUGGCCUCUGUUACCAACCAGAACAUAAUGUCAGCGUGGCAGACGUACAACGCUCUAUUUGCAGUGAGAUGUAUUCUCAAAUAUCUGGUAGAAACAGUGGGAGAAAUGGAAAUGAUAAAACACGCUGAGACUGUACCAAAAGUGCCGAGCGGAGAGAUAAAAGAGUCUUCAACGAUAUUGAAGCUUGAAUCUUUAUUUGAGGCGCUUAUUGAGAUAAUUAUUGAUGUUCCACUUUGUGAAUUCACAUAUGUUGUGCAUCUAGAGGCUGUCAAUUGUCUUCUUGUUCUCUUAUCGGUCCAGCUAUUUUCGCAAACAUCGGCAACGUCUGUGUACAGUACUGUUUACCGAAUUGUUAUGACCCAUGAGGCGAGCAUACAUGCUCCUGUUGUUGUUUGUACUCUACUCCAUAAUUUUGCACAGCAGGAACAUGCACCACCUGGGCUAUUGACGAGGGAUGCCGGGGGCAGCUUUGUUUUCAAUAUUGCAGCUGGACUAUGGAAUGUCAUAACCAUGGGCAUGGGAAGUACCUUGAAAAAUAUCCAAGUAUCGAGUAAUGGUGCCACUGAGGAUGAAGAUAAAAAACGAGACACAGAAACACCGUUAGCUAGUCAAUCACUGUUACUGCUGUUAGUCCUCACCAAUCACUGCACUACUACACAUAAUCCUUAUAGAGAUGCCCUAUUUUCCUUCAACAACAUACAAGAUGAUGAAACGAUUAUGCCGACCAAGGCUGUCAUACCAUUUAGAUUUAAUUUUGAUAAAUUAUACAAUACGAUAUGUAAAGUAUCUAACAGCGAUGAAGUUACUUUGCUACUGUACAUGCUUUUGCAUAGAAAUCCCAGUAUCAAAGGCCACAUCAUCAAGCGUACCGAUAUACAGCUUUUAGUGACUCCUAUAUUGCAAAUUCUCUAUCACGCACCUGACAAUACAUCGCAUCACAUCUAUAUGUCACUCAUUAUACUUUUGAUACUCAGCGAAGAUGACUCAUUCAAUAAAAGAGUUCAUGAAAUUAUGUUGAAAGGAGUGACUUGGUACACAGAGCGAUGCAUCAGUGAAAUUUCCCUUGGAGGCCUUCUCAUUCUCGUUGUUAUUCGAACGCUGCAAUACAAUAUGUUGAAAAUGAGGGACAAAUAUCUCCACACCAAUUGUCUAGCAGCGCUGGCUAAUAUGUCGGCGCAAUUCAGAUCUCUGCAUCCCUAUGUCAGUCAACGGUUGUUGAGUUUAUUUGAAACACUUGCCAAAAAGCAUGCAAGAUUAGAAGUUAAAAUUCAAACUCAAUCCAAUUCUGAGACAGCUGUUAUCAAUGUGAAUGGGGAUGUUAAUGCCAAUUCCGAUUUAAUUCAGGAUCUAACUAUCCUUGAGGAAGUACUCAGAAUGGUCCUUGAAAUCAUAAACAGCUGUUUGACUCAUCGACUCGCACACAAUCCCAAUUUAGUUUAUACUCUAUUGUAUAAAAAAGAUAUAUUCCAAUCAUUCAGGACGCAUUCUGCUUUUCAAGAUAUCAUACAAAAUAUUUAUUCGGUAAUUAAUUUCUUCUCGUAUAAAUUGGAACAGACUGAUCAAUCUCAAAUCGGCGUAACUCAAGUAUUAGCUGCUAUACAGCAGGGAACAAUGCAAUGGCCCAAGGAUCGAUUGAGAAAAUUCCCUGAGUUAAAGUUCAGGUAUGUGGAGGAAGAGCAGCCAGAAGAGUUUUUUAUACCAUACGUGUGGAGUGUAGUCUGUCAGGGAGCUUUAUUAUACUGGAGCGCAAAGAAUAUCAAAUUAUUUUCAUCCAACAGUGGAGAACAAACGACAAUUGUCGUUUGCUGAUGUUGACUGAUUCAAUCAGUCCAUAAAAUCAAUUCCACACGCAAUAAUGGACAGACGGAGAGCAUUAGUUUAUCGUUUUUUUUUUCAUCAUUUUUUCUGGAUCCUCUAUCCUUUGAAAAACUGAUCAUUCUUAGAAUUUAUUUAUUAUUUCGUUAGCUAUAAGUAUGUAAAUAUAAAAUUGUUUUAAUCGCCAAAAAUUGAUAACCUAAUAACGGACUCCCCGAUGCUAAUGUUUCUGAAUAUUUAGUUGAUGUCAAUAUUCAAUUUUCUCUGGUUCAAUAAAUCUCCAAGUAUUUAUAAUGAAA